AUUAUUAAUCGACUCAUGGCACUUACAUUUAAUCGUAUUAAACUUCGAAAGCGCGUAUCUUAAAAAGAAGGAGACCACUGAGAAAAAGAUUACAGUCAAUUUACAUUGUUUUUCUAUUCGCGGGUCACUUUUCCAUCCUCCACCAACGAAACUAAACCGGGCUGGUAGCAACAGAUAAACUCAUCGCCACGUAAUCAGUGAUUCAUCCGGUUUUUAAUUUCAAGGCACGAAUAACGUUGUCCAAACUGAUAAAGCGCUUUACGGCGCCAUCGGAUUUACUGAUAGAAGUUACUACCAUUUGGAGCAGUAAGUGGGACAGCUUGGGAAAGAGAAAAAUCGAACGGUAUAUCUUUCCAUCCUCGCGUUAUUGUGAGAAAAGUGUACCAAGGAGGAUCGACGAUAAAAAUUCUUUAUUUCAUUGCGCGAUUAUUGAACAUAUGUUUGCCAACGGAGAGACAGCAGACAUUACAUCCAACCGCGUUGUUAAAUAUUUGCAAUAAGAAAUAUCGAGACCAUGACAUUCGCUGUACGCACAACCCUUCGAGUUUGACUCUACACAUUUGUGCCGCGUAUACGUAUGUGUGUGUGCGCAGAAAAGUACUUGCAUGAUGCAUGAAUAUACAUGAAGGUAAGAUCACGCUUGGAUCAAACCGAGAUGCGGACAUUUUGGUGGCCGGUACCGGCGUCGAACCCGUGCAUUGUGCUAUCGAGAACAAUAACGGUGUGGUCACUUUGUACCCCAUAAAUGGCAAUACAUUUGUCGAUGGUGUGUCGACAAAUUCGCCAGUGAGACUCGCGCAAGGUUGCAUGCUAUCGAUAGGUCGAUCGAACUACAUGCGCUUUAAUCAUCCGGCCGAGGCCAAACACCUACGAUCUGUCUUUCCCCACACGAGAAUCUCAAUGGCGCCGAUAAGUUUUGCUCUUCCCGAUGGCCAGGCGCAGGAGAAUCAUCACUUGGAGCGAAAGCCGCCGGUUGCACCGCGGAAAUCACCCAGGAACUCUUGCUCCGACGACGAGAUGGGUUUCCUGGGCAAGCUGACCAAGUUCGAGAUGCUGUCGAAGCAAAACAGAACCAAUUGCGUUUCACCGAAGGUUUUUCCCGCUGGUGCUCUCACGACGAAUGUACCAGCCGACCAAAUUCUCGGUCACUCGAGAUCGUCGAGUCUGGUAUCCUUGACGAAGUCACCGGUGAACGGCUUCACCGUGAACGGUAACGUCGACUCGACAUCGCAGGGCUCGAUCGGUUGUCACGACGAGACUCGUCAGCGAUCGGACCCGCGUCUCGGUACGCCGACUCGACCGAACGUCAAUUUGCAGUGCCAAAAUCACAACCAGGUCAGGAUGUACUCGGCGGAAACGUACCUAAAAGCGAGCAAACCGUAUCAGGAGAACAACUACAAAAACGUACGAUCGCCGUCUUUUGGAAUGACGUCUCCAAAGUUCGUCACCGCUCGAAGCGACGACUUGAUGUCUCGAAGUAUGACUUGUCAGAGCUCGAACGAACUCGACCACCUCGUCGACAGGGACUUCGAUAUGAGCCAAAGCCUUAUCGUCACGAAAACGACCACCACGGAGUUUCUGCAGUUGGAGAAAUACGGAUCGAACCCGAAUGUCUGUAACGACAGUGCCAAUGGAGAUGCUAACGUCGGGAUGUUGAGGCCGUCCACCGCUCACGGGUUCGGCUCGAAUCCAAAUGUUAAGCGAAUUCUGCCACCGAGUCCGGCAUUUAAUCGGAAUCCAAGAUAUAGCGAGCAGAAGAAAAUUUACGCGAGGGUCAAGAGUCCUACCCCAAGUGUCGGCAGCAAUUGCUCCCUCGAAGAAUUGCGAGAAAGGCAAGCCGACGCGGAGAAUAAACGCAGGGAGGCGGAGACCAAGCGGAAACAAGCGCAGGAAGAGAGGUUGCGGGAGCAAGAGGUCGAGAGGCAAGAGAAAAUGAGGCUCGAGGAGAUCUUGGCAAUGUGUGCCGAAUACGAAAGACAAAGCACCGUCGAAAAGCCGAGGCAGCCUAAUCGGAUCAUAACAAACGGAUCUCUUCCGCGUGACAAGAGACUCGGCUACACUUCUUCUUUCGACAGUCCGAAAAGCCCGUCGAAAAAUCAACCGCAUUUCUCCUUCGAUGUCGGCAAGCAAGCCAAUUGGGGUGCUGCGUCAUACGAGAACGUAUCCGUGCAAACUUCUAAAGUCACUUUACAAAAUGGCAACUCGUCCGCUCGUCACAAGGACCAGUCCGCUCAAGUUGAAAAGCACUUGUGUGACGUUUCCGCGGGGUCGCCGUACGCAACUGCACCGAGUAACAAUCCAUCGGCGAAGUACUCUAAUGUACAUAAUACGAAUGGCAGCUACUUCUCAGGCUCGAUUUCUCAUGGCGGCAAUUAUGAAAACGUUAUCAUCGGCAAUAAUAAUAAAAAGAACGGCAGUUACACCGGUGGAACAGGAAACGGCAUACAGGCUGAUGACGAUACCAGAGGCUCGCCGUCCACGUACGGGACGAUUAGACUGAACGGAACGAAAAUCGAACCACAGCAGGCGACGCAAGGUGGGAACGCGAGUAUUUACGAAAACGUCGUGUUAUCCCCGACGCGGAACAACAACCAGAAUCAUUCCAUGCCAAAGAAAAACAGUCAAUUGUCAACGUCUUGCGAGAUGAUAGAAAACAAACUGGCCAUAUCGAACGACGACCUUCUCGAGGCGAUCGAGCAACUGUCCAUGCUUUCGAAAUCCAAAGAAAUAUGCGUGACUCCUAAGCGAAAUAAUUCGGAGAAGAAUAACGCCAAGUCCAACGAGGCGAAAGCCGACAAGGAGAGGAAACAGCUGGAGGAAGAGGACAGGAAGAAGUACAUAGAAUUUUUGCAGAAUGAAAAGUUACACGUCCUUAGCAACAUGGAUGCCCUGAAGAGGAGCGUCGCCGAAAUUGAAAUUCAAGAGGAAGAGAUUAGUAGAGAGCUCGAAAUGGAGAAAGCACUUUUAUCCGCGGAGUAUGAAUCGGAAUCCUUGAAGCUCACGCAAGACGAGGGAGAGAAGAUAAAGGUGCAAAUGCGAAUAAAUGAGCUGGAGAGAGAAAUGGCGGAGGAUAAUGCGACUCACUCCAAAUUGCAAGCUGAAGCGAAGCAACGUGUUCAAAAGGCACAGCAAGCUUGCGCUCGAUUGGACGAACAAUUGGCCAGUUGCACGAAUGAAAUUAUGCACCAGAGUAUUACCGACAAGCUACCGGCGCAUCAAGAUAUCUUGGAGAGUGAAAGGAAAGCUUUCGAGGACUUGGAGUUUCAUCAUCUCGAAGAAGAAGCGAGUAAAUUGGCCACGAGAGAAGAGCUGCAAAGAUAUUUGAGCGAUCUCACGAGCAAGAUCGAAGGCAGAAAAUUGCAAUUGACUCAUCUAGAAUCGCAGCGAUCUGAGGCAAAGAACGUGGCGACUAAAGAAGCCAGGGGUCUCGAGAGGCAGAAAUUGGGACACUUGAAGCGAUUGGAAGAAGCACGAAAUCGAGUGCGAGAGAUAAACGAAGAACUCGGCUAUCUGGCCCAGAACUCCGUUGAAUAUUCCGAGGAAAAACGAUCCCCGAGUAGAGAAGACUUCGACAGAAUCUCCAGAGUGACCAACGAUUCUCCUAUUGUGAACAAUCAAGGCAGCCUAGGAAGGAAGACAAUCGAAUCGCUGAGGGAAAUUGAGAGAAAUCGGCAGCUUCAUUUAGCUAAACAAGGGAGUCAAGUAAUCUCGGAGGAGAGACGUAGAGUCGAAGAAUUGAAAAGACGAGUGCAGGAUGAAGUCCGUUCGCAAUGGGAAGAGAGAAAAAUGAACUGUGCGUCUUUCAACAGCGUCGAAUCUGGCGAAGAAUCUUCCAGUUAUUCCACCGGACCAACAGAAAGUGGUAGCGGAAGUACCGACGGCGCGGAAGGUGGAACCAGCGAAAAAUUAUCCCCGAGCAAACUUUCGGAACUCACUUCAUCCAGUCCAGGACCGUCGAAUAAUUCUUACAGUCUACUUCAAAAUGACAACAUGAGAGACGAUAGGAGAACAUCGAUGGAAGGCGAGAGGCUUAGCGAUAACAGUGGCGGCGGUGGCGGCGGUGGAGGCGGAAUUAUCGACGGAAAUGGAAGUCGCCCCCUUUCUCAGACAUCCAGCGAGAUGGAUACACUCGGAUCGUUGCAACCUGUCAAACAUCGCGAAAAGGCAAAACUUCAGAGGCCACUCACGAGGUACCUUCCGAUCAAAUCAGAGUCCUUGGAUCUAAGACAUCACAUAGAGACUGCCGGGCACCAGUUACCACUGAUUUACGAUGUUACCGUCGACACAACAAGUUGCAGUGGUUAUUUAUCGAAGAUGAGCAAAAAAUUUCAUCACUGGAACAAGCGAUGGUUCGUCUUUGAUCGCAGACGGAAGACGUUAUCCUACUACAGCGAUAACACGUCCAGGAAGGCUCGCGGCGUAAUUUAUUUCCAGUCGAUCGAAGAAGUCUACGUGGAUCAUAUGAACACCGUCCGAUCGCCACAACCAUCUCUCACCUUUAUCGUCAAGACUACGGCUAGACUUUACCAUCUCAUGGCACCCAGCCCGGAAGCUAUGCGCGUUUGGGUGGACGUUGUGUUUACCGGAGCAGAAGGAUACCACGAGUUCGACCACGGCGUUUGAGUUAUACUUGUGUAUAAAACCAAUUUCCGCGAACGAGAGUCGAAUUUUGAAAACGUAACAUGAGAUAGUGAUUUCUGGUCUUCGAUAAUUAUAGCAAGAAAGAUUGUUUCAUAAGGAAUUAUAUAUCUAAAAUCAGAACAAUUCUUGACUAAAAACACAAAUGAAUAAUGAAUGUAAGUAUAUGAGAUAUGAAUUAGAAAGUACCACAAUUAUUUUUUUAAUGUGUGCUGGAAAUGUGUAAUAAUUAUAAUUAGGAAGUUACAAUAAGGAAAUUUCUCCAUAUUAGGUAAUAUUCCUUAUUAGGAAGCAUUUCCAUGUACCUUUACGAAAGACGAGCACAAUAACUUCAGAAAGUAGGAACCAACGCGAAGAUUGGAGCUUGCUGCUAAAAAAAUUAAGGCAGCUAAACGUAGAUUAAAGAUGUGUAAGCUAUUUAUAUAACAACAAUAAGAGAUACUUUAAUUGAAUAUUAUGAAUUUAAAAGUUUAAACGUAAUUAUUAAACUUUGCACAAUUUUAUUAAUGCAAUGAUUAAUUUAAACUACUUUUUGUAGUUUUGCUAGUACUUUCGACCAGUUUCUCUUUUCUAAACUCGGACUUAAAUUUUUUUUCAAGAAUGCCAUAUUCUUAUCCGUAGUAGUGAAAGAACGUCGCAAAAAAGUCACGGGUAUCAUCAUAAACCAUUAUGUUCAUUUUAAUUUAGGAAACGAUUCACGAUAAGAUUUAUUUUACAGAAUGAAGUCUUUCGAUUCAUCUGCGUUUCUCUUUUGCAGAAAUGCAAAGAAUCUGGUAAAUGCAGGAUACGCGAAAAAUUAUUUGUUGUUUCAGUAUUUGAAGUGUGUAUAAUUUAAAAUUGUCAACGUACAAUAUUUGUUUCAAAUAUUAUUAAAUAAUUAAAUUUUUAUACUUUGACUAAAAGCUGCAUAAAACUGCAUAAAAAUAUUGCGAAAAUAUUAUAGUUAUAUGGUGAACGUAUAUUUUUGAUAAAAUAAAUUAAUA